AUGGACCCUGCGCGGCGAGCCCAGGUUGAGAAGAGCCUCAAGCGCAAGCUGGAUGCCCGAUGCUCGCUCUUCAUUCUCAUCUACAUCAUGAACUAUCUGGAUCGCAACAACAUUGGUGCAGCCCGUCUAAAGGGCUUGCAAAAGGACCUCAACCUCAAUGAUACCCAGUAUGCGACGUGUCUCAGCAUUCUCUAUGUUGGGUACAUUCUCAUGCAAGUCCCCUCCAACAUGUUCAUCAACCGCAUCCAGCGACCAUCUCUAUACAUUGCUUGCGCCAUGACUGUCUGGGGUCUCAUCUCAACACUGUCUGGUGUUGCAAGAGACUUCAAGGACCUGGUUGUCAUUCGAUUUUUCCUGGGCUUUGUCGAGGCUGCUUUCUUGCCUGGUGCUCUGCUUAUUCUGUCCAAGUGGUACACUCGCCGCGAACUGACCACCCGCAAUGCGCUCCUCUUCUGCGGUAACCUCAUCUCCAACGCCUUCUCUUCGCUUGUUGCUGCCGGAGUCUUGUCAAACAUGCAAGGCGUCUUGGGACAUGCCGCAUGGCGAUGGCUGUUCUUCAUUGAGGGUGCUGCCACCAUGGCAAUCGCCAUUUCGGCCGCUCUCAUCUUGCCUGAUCUGCCCACCAAUGCCCGUGGCUUCACCGAAGAGGAGAAGCAGGUGGCUCAGCUGCGUAUGCUUGAGGAUGUUGGUGAAGCAGACACCGAUUCCAGCGGACAGGGCGUCUUUGACGGUCUCAUUAUGUGCGGCAAGGAUAUCAAGGUGUAUCUCAUGAUGCUUACACUGACUGCUUAUGUCGUUGGCCUUUCUUUCAACGCCUUUUUCCCAACCUUGACUGGAACCCUUGGCUUUGCUUAUGUCCCCACCCUUCUCAUGAGCUCCCCUCCAUGGGUCUUUGCCUGUCUCGUCUCUCUCGUUGUUUCGUGGAACGCCGAUCGUACACAGGAGAAAUUCUUCCACAUCAUUUCUCCUAUUCUCAUGGGCAUUGUCGGCUUUAUCAUCUCCAUGUCUACCCUGAACGUCGCCGCUCGAUAUUUCGCUCUCUUCCUUCAAGCUGGUUCCUAUGCCGGUUUCAUCGUCUUUUACAGCUGGAUCAGCUCCUCAUUCCCUCGUCCCCCGGCUAAGCGUGCUGUUGCCAUCGCCAUGGUCAACGCUUUCAGCCAGCUUGGUAAUGUAGCUGGUUCCUACGUUUGGGAUUUGCCUGAGAACGGAUUCCGUAAGAGCUACGGCAUCGUUCUGUCCAUGUUUGGUGUCACCAUCGUUGGCUGCUUCCUGUUCAGACUGAUUCUCCAGAACUUGAACAAGAAGCUUGAGGCUACUGAGGUAGCUGUAGAUGCAGAGAAGACAACGCAGACGGAGCUUGAGGAUCUGGAUGAAGCUUUGAGGAUGAGGAAGGGAUUCCGCUACCUUGUAUGA